AUGGAGCUCCUGCGGGACAGCAUCCCCAUGGUGUCCCUGGCUGUCCUGGUGGCCGCGGUGUGUGCGCGCGCCGCGUCCCCGUGGCUCCGCCCCGGCCUCCCCCGCCUCGUGUCGUUGCUCCCGGUGGUCGCCUUCCUUGCCGCGGUUCCCCUGGCCUUCUCCUCCUCUGCAAUCAUCCGGGGACUCGCAGGCUUCUUCUUCCUCGGGUGGCUCGGCGUGUUCAAGGUCGUCCUCCUGGCCGUUGGCCGCGGCCCCCUCGACCCCGCGCUCCCCGUUCUCCCGUUCGUCUUCACCACAGCGCUCCCCGUUAAGCUCAUCAGAUGCUACGGCACCGGCGCUGCCGCCGGAGCAGCAGCGUGCAGCAGGGCCAAAUCGGUCUCCCUCGUUUCGUGCGCGGUCAAGGCCGCCGUCAUAGCCGCCAUCCUGCAUGCCUACCAGUACGUGAACCAGCUGCAUCUCUACAUUCGCCUCGCUCUGUACGGCGUCCACAUGUACUGCUUCUUGGACUUCCUCCUCCCCUGCAUCGCGGCAGCCGGCGGCGCGCUCGGCAUGGAGAUGGAGCCGCAGUUCGACAGGCCGUACCUGGCGUCGUCCCUGCGCGACUUCUGGGGGCGGCGGUGGAACCUCAUGGUGUCGGCCAUCCUCCGGCCAUCAGUCUACGACCCCGUGCGCGCGCGCCGGGAAGGCACCGGCCGUCCUUUGCACGUUCCACGUGUCCGGGCUGAUGCACGAGGUCAUGAUGUACUAUCUCACCCUGCGACCACCCACCGGUGA